AUGGGUGCUCCAUCAUUCAUGAUUUAUGCUAGCGUUAUAUUGCUAGUGAAACUGGUUUUGGAUAAUUUAGUCAUGGCUUCCUCUUCUAGCACAAGCACCCCAAUGGACAUGUCCACCGCUAUUCUCAUUAGGGUUGGUCAGUCAGGAAUGGGAGAUUAUGACAAAAUACAGGAUGCCAUCAAUGCUGUCCCUUCUAACAACUCUGAACUAGUAUUCAUCUGGGUCAAGCCAGGAGUAUACAGGGAGAAAAUUGUUGUGCCGGCGGAUAAGCCUUUCAUAACAUUGAGCGGAACAGAAGCCUCAAAAACAAUCAUAACAUGGAAUGACACUGGAGAAAUAUAUGAUUCUCCAACUAUGGCAGUAUUGGCUUCUGAUUUUGUAGGACGCUAUCUAACAAUUCAGAAUACCUAUGGAACAAGUGGCAAGGCCGUUGCACUGAGAGUGUCUGGAGAUAGAGCUGCUUUUUACGGUUGCGCGAUUGUCUCCUAUCAAGACACUCUCCUAGAUGAUGCAGGAAGGCAUUAUUACAGCAAUUGUUAUAUUGAAGGAGGCGUCGAUUUCAUAUGCGGAAAUGGAGCUUCUUUUUUUGAAAGGUGCCAUCUGCACUCGACAGCAGAAAAUGAAGGAGCUAUCACAGCUCAACAAAGAAGUUCUCCUCUGGAAAAUACUGGAUUUACAUUCUUGGGUGGUAAGAUAACUGGUGCCGGGAGCACUGUUCUUGGGCGGCCAUGGGGACCUUACUCCAGGGUGGUUUUCGCCCUAACCUACAUGUCUAGUGUGAUACUGCCAGAGGGAUGGAACGACUGGGGUGAUCCCAGCAAGCAAAGUACGGCUUACUUUGGUGAAUACAAGUGCUACGGCCCUGGUGCCAAUAGGUCAAACAGGGUUAAAUGGUAUCACAGCCUAUCUAAUCACGACGCAGCACCGUUUCUGACCAAGACCAUGAUAGGAGGGCGAGCCUGGCUGAGACCUGUCCCGACCCACUUCAAACAGCAGACUGGCUCAACAAUUUCAACCCUGAAAGCUCAAGGGAAAACCUAG